CCUACCAGGCUGCAAUCCGACCAAAAUCACCUGCAGCUGACGACGAUCCAUUUGUCGCCGGGCUACGCGCAGAGCGCGAACCACAUCUUCAGGAUCCAUGCCGGAACCACCCCCCUGAAGCAAUGCCUUCCCACGACGGUCCGCAAGCAACUAGAGACAACGGGCGUACGCCCUUGCAAGCCAACCUUGUUGACUUCUCAACUCAUCCUGCCAUUUGCGUAUCAGCAUCAAUUGGAACAUUACCAGUCUACGACUACACGGCCAUUGUCACGCCAAUUUCCAACGGGAGUCGCCAUAUAA